GUAAAAUAUAUACUAGAGUAUAUACAUCCAAAUCCUCUUAAUACAAUGGAUAUUGUGCUAAAACUAAUAUUUUUCCUCUAUUUGCAUUUGUUUUUUACCGUAGAUGGCCAAAAAAAUCACCGGAAGGAUCUCGUGACUGGGCUUCCCGGUCAACCCGACGUAAGUUUUCGGCAUUAUGCCGGUCACGUCUCGGUAAAUAAGAAAAACGGACGAGCACUUUUUUACUGGUUUUACGAGGCCGUAAAUUUUACCGGUGAGAAGCCUUUAGUGCUAUGGCUAAAUGGAGGUCCUGGUUGUUCUUCUGUGGGAUAUGGAGCAACGGAAGAGAUUGGACCGUUUUUAUUAGUGGGCAGUAAAAAUGGGUGUGACUUAAAAUUUAAUCCUUUCUCUUGGAACACAGAGGCUAAUUUACUGUUCUUGGAAUCUCCAAUUGGUGUUGGCUUUUCGUACACCAACACCAGCAGCGAUUAUGAUAAUUUGGGUGAUAACUUUACAGCACAGGAUGCCUAUGCUUUCCUCCAAAAGUGGUUCCUCAAGUUCCCUUCCUAUCGUGCAAGACCAUUUUAUAUUGCUGGCGAAAGUUAUGCAGGGAAAUAUGUGCCUGAGCUAGCAGAGGUUAUUAUUGACAAGAACACAAAAUCCUCCUUGUUCAUCAACCUAAGAGGCAUUCUGCUGGGAAAUCCCGAAACUCACGAUGCCGAGGACAUGAAAGGCAUAGUGGAUUACGCGUGGAGCCAUGCAGUCGUGUCAGACGAGACCUACAAGAUUAUCGAGCAGUCGUGCGAUUUUUUCAGUAAUCACACAUAUGACAAUCUUGCUUGUUCGGGGGCGGUGGAUGAAUUAUUUAAACAGUAUAACGAGAUUGAUAUGUACAGCCUCUACACACCCAUUUGCAUAAGCAAUUCAUCCGUUUCAGAUGAAAAGUCGAGUCUAGUCAUAGUCAGAGGCUCCUCAAAGAUGAUGCCCAGAGUCAUGGGUGGUUACGACCCAUGCUUGGAUAACUACGCGAUAUCAUAUUACAAUCGGCCGGAUGUUCAGAAAGCCCUUCACGUUAGUGACGGAAUUACCCUCAGGAAUUGGAGCAUCUGCAACAUGACGUUAUUUUAUGGCUGGUCGGAUUCAAAACCAUCUGUGCUUCCCAUAUAUAAGAAGCUCAUAGAGGCAAAACUACGAAUCUGGGUUUAUAGUGGUGAUACGGAUGGCAGGGUACCCGUUUUGUCGACCAGGUAUAGUUUGAGCUUGUUAGAACUUCCAAUUUUGGAGGCAUGGAGACCUUGGUACUAUAAAAAACAGGUUGCUGGAUGGGUUCAAAAGUACAAUGGGCUUACAUAUGUGACAGUUAAAGGAGCUGGACAUGCUGUGCCAGUAUUUAAGCCGGCCGAGUCCCUUGCGUUAUUUGCUUCGUUUCUUGCAGGGGAAACUCUGCCUUCUAAGAGAUGAAACACGAAAAACAUAUAUUUUGGACAAAUAAAGCAUCUCGUGCUAUGCUAAACUCAGCUUAAUUUCACUACAGUCCACAUACACUUAUGUAAUAUUGACAGAUAUGCCAAUAAAGAAAACCAUAAUAAAUAUACUUGUGACUUUGUACUGUUCAGCUCAGUUUUUCUUUUGUUGUGUAGUUGUGUUUCAUCACUUCUGUUUUUUCGUCAAAGAAGGACAUGAAAAUAAUCAAUAUUGUACAACGCGAGAUGAUGACACAAUGGAUUAAUCACAUGAAACACAAACCAAACUUCAUAUUCACAUGCGGGCACUGGCAGAUCCAUGUGGAAGCACUUGGGGCACGUGCCCCCACUAAGCGUGUGUAUGGGUUUGGUUUUUUAUGUGUAUAUAUUGUAGAGAAAAUUAGAGGAAGGACAAAAUACAUAUUUUUAUCAAGCAG